UUUUCAUGUCUAGCUCAAGCAAUACAGUCAAUGUUGUUUUUACAUAGUCUUACUGCUUCUGAGAUGUUUAAUAUUCUGCUGUUUCUUCUUGGAUUUGUGACUGUGGAAACCAGUAGGAAACAUUUACUCUGUAAUACACCAAAGCUGGAGGUAUUUUAUGAGAUGUGUGAUGACAGUUUUGAACCAGUGGUUAAGAUGGAACCUUGCGAACUGAACAAAGCUGUGAAUUUUUCUAUUACAAUGAUUCCAAGAAAGAACAUUGACCACUUAUAUUCUAUAGUGGAAAUCUGGAAGGAAUCUGUGACAGUCUCACAAAAACGCCAUGUGAUGUGUUCUGAAGAAAAUGAUGAAUAUGAUUUUUGUGGUACUUUAAAAGGAGAGACACUGAACGCAUAUUACCAUGGUUUCAGUUCUAGGAAGCUGCAGCUUUUAAAGGGCCAAUACACCGUGAGGAUCGGUCUAUACGUGGGGGAAAAAGAAGAACUACUCUCUUGUUUUCUCAUGGCAUUGAAAGUUAAAGUUGCAUUUUUGUGAUAGGAACCUGCAAAAAAAUAUGUCAUGUUAUGUUCCUAAACCCCUGACAUUUUUAGCACUUUAAAAUAAAUUAUAAUCAUUUUUCAAGGUGACACUAAUGCAGUAAGAACUGACACCACCUCAUCUGUGAUGUGUCACUAAGUAACUUACCCGGGAAGAUCAUGUCAAUUUAGGCUUGCGGUGUUUGUCCAGCUGCCUCUCGGCAUGUUUGCCGUGCUGCAGCCGCAUCUCCCGCCCGUCCCCAUUAUAGUGAAUGUGGCCAAGGCCAAACUUCCGUCAGCACACGUGUGUGCAUUAGUACGGAUCCGGUAGGCUGUUCCCCUGCCGGAACAACCUGUCGGCCAAGCCUAACGCUAAUGUGAAAGAAGCCUUAGUUAUAACAAUGCACAAA